GCACGGGCACGCGGGGCUGAUGGGGCCGGGGGUCGGUGACCGGAGGGCGUCACGGCCGCGCCGCUGCCUCUGGCGCUUCGCUCCGCCGCCGUUGCGCCGGGUACCGCGGGCGAGGGCGUGCGGAGGGGAACGGAAUUUGAACCCGUGACGCACCGUCAGCCGAUUGAAUCAGCCCGCGCAGCGCCCGACCUUUGGCAGGCUGCUCAUCCGCAGCCGCAGCGGGUGCAGCGGGGCCGUGGCUCCCGCGGAGCGCGCCGGCAGGAGCGGGCAGGGAUGACCUCUAAGGAUGCUUCAGGUGAAGCUGAUCGUAACUGGAGAUGACUUUGGCUAUUGUCCUCGGAGAAACCAAGGCAUCGUGGACUGUUUCCUGGCUGGUGCCGUAUCUAACGUGUCCCUUCUAGUCAACGGAAGUGCUGCAGCAGAUGCAGCCAAGCUGGCAAGGAGAUACAACAUCCCAAUAGGCCUGCAUGCCAACCUCUCCGAGGGCUCUCCUGUAUGUGAGGUGCUCAAGACAAACUCUUCUCUGCUCAACCAAGAUGGAUUCUUCCAUGGAAAAAUGGGAUUCAGAACAGCUCUAUCAAAAGGUCUCCUGAAUAUGUCAGAGGUGAAGCAGGAGCUAAAGGCCCAGGUGGAGCUGUUCCAGGAGCUGACAGGCCACCUCCCUCCGCACAUGGAUGGGCACCAGCAUGUCCACGUCCUCCCAGAGGUCAGGCACGUGUUUGCAGAGGUGUUAGAGGAGUAUGGCAUUAAGUACACCCGUGUCCCCAUAGAGCCAGGCCUUCAUAACUGCGACUGGAUCCCACCCUCCCUCAUGGAAUUUUAUCUGGGAGUAGAAGAAGACUCCUUUAACACAGUGGAUGUGUUUACAAGGCAUGGAAUAAGGUGGACGGACAUCUACAUAGGUCUGAGCACCAUGGGCAGGAACAUGUCCGUCGGGGCCAUCGGCAGCGCCAUCGACGCGGCUGUUGCGGAGCUGGUGUCCCGGGCUGCUGCUGCGCCGCAGAGCGGGGCCGUGAGCGUGGAGCUGAUGGUACACCCUGGCUACCCCAGUGUCCCGCCCCUGGGCGGCUGCGGGGAGGGACCCGAUGAUUUCUCACAGUCCUGGGAGCGCCUCCAUGAACUGCAGACGUUAAUGAAGCCAGAGCUGCAGAGCCAUUACAAAGCCAGGAACAUUCAGCUAUGUUCGUUCAAAGAUCUUUAAGUAAACAAGCACACAUAUGCUUGCUCACACUCUGAGGACAGGCAGCUGCUGUCCCGAGAAGCUAAACUACCGUUAUCAGUGCAACACCUCCAGGUGCAGCUGACAGGGGCUGGGAACAGCCUGGGAGUGGCACCAGGAUGCCCUCAGUAGUGCAGCGCUCUGGGAGCAGCUACAGGUGCCCCAGAGCCCCUCUGAGUGUGACCACCCUCCCCUGCUUCACACCUCACCUGCCACUGCGGUGUGGGAGAGCAGCCAAGGCCCAGCCCUCACCCAGCGUGAUGCUGUGAGACCAAGGAGCACCCCAAGUGUUCCAGUUUGUUCCCUUUAUGGACUUAACUGCAAAGAAAAGAAACAUGCUGAGGAGCAGCUGCUGCUCUGGAGCAACCAGCUGGCUGGAGGUUGCUCACGGGAGGCCUGGCAACCUGCAGCAUCUGGUCUUCUGAGAGCACUCGGCCACGUCCCUUCCCCUUCACUCGCACCUGCUCAUCGAUGGUGAGGGCACAGGGGCACGUUACCUUGUGGUCAGAGCAGCUGGGGCACAGGUUUAGCACAGAGGUGUCUGCUGCCACAUUGCAUGAAGCACCUCAUCCAGCAGGAACUAGGGCUCCUCCUACUUGCCUCUUGGCACUGAGCCACCGUGGGAAAGCGACACCAGUCACAGCCCUGUCACACAGUCUUUGCUUGCUUUUUUUUUGAUGAUUUUGCAAGAACAGCAACUGUUGACCCAUCUGCCAUUUCAGUAACUGCUGUGUGCUGUUGCUCACCAGCAACUGUUCCUGCACUGCCCACUGCCUCUCAUGAGAACGUGGGAUGGCUGUGUACCAAUGGAGAGUGAGUUUUCAGGUGAAAGUCCUUGUAUUUCUCCAUUUUCAUUCCUGUCACCAAAGCAUUUGAACUUCAGCAGGCCCUAGUCUAGCACUGAUGUGUUUAACUGCAUUCCUGACUGUACUCCUGUCACUCCUGUGUAACUUUCACAGGGGAAAAAGACAUUUUUGAUUGUUUACGCUCAUUUUCUGCACAAAAGUGAUCUUACAUCAUCAGUUUGGUUAACUUUUUCUUAAUACUAAAAAUAUCAAUGUGAUCAUCAUUCUAUUACAUGAAAAAUAAACU